CUGGCGCGGAAGAGUAAAGAAAAGAGGUUACGAAAUUUACGUGAAUUUAAACGUCUUAUUGUGUUUUAACGAAGGAUGUGCUGUCAACAGAUUGCGGACUAAACGAGGAAUUUCUGGGCGAGCUGCAAAUGGAUAUGUUAAAAUAAACAGUUGUCUUUUGGUGUUGGGACAACGAAUAUGGACUUACCAUGGAUUUACGAUCAUUUAGGAAGAGGCUUAUUGGAAACUAUUACCAUAGACAUGGCAGCUUCGUAAUUUGCUGAAAUGAACAAAUUUUAAUCAUGACAACGCCACUAAAGUCAGAUGAUCAGGAUAGUGGAAGUACAGAAAGACAGGGAGAACAAUUCAGCCCCAUGAGCUCUGCUCUAUCAUGGCCAGGUCCACGUACUGUCAUUGUCCCACGCACGGAUCAGGGGUUUGGAUUUACACUGCGCCACUUCAUUGUCUACCCACCAGAAUCCGCCACAGAUAACUUAGCGGAAGGAGAAAUCUUCACGGAUGAAAAUGACCCAGAAGGUCGUCGAGUCAAGCGCACCAAGCUGAGCAGCUUGGAGCCUAUGGACACAAUCUUUGUGAAGCACGUCAAAGAAUCGGGUCCUGCUCAUCUGGCUGGUCUUAACACUGGAGAUCGUAUCGUGUCCGUCAACGGAGAAAGCGUCACUGGCAAAACUUACUCCCAAGUCAUCGCUCUUAUACAGUCAAGUGCUUCUGCUCUCAAACUGUUGGUAGUCCCCAAACAUGAGGAUAUUCUGCAGAUGGCCUAUCAGACCUCAGUGUAUGAUCAAACACAGGAAAUGUUCCACAGCGACGGCGGUUUGAUAUCCGCAUCCCAAGGCAGCUAUGUCAAAGUGGAGCAUGCUGGGAUAGCCCCAACCACGGAGGUCACAGUCACAUCUCGCCGAGGGGGGUGGAGGGAAGAACUGAGACGGAAGUACUCCACCCCCCUGGAUGAGACCGGCUACGGGUGCAAACCUGACCGUGAUAUAAAGAGCGUCAGUUGGCAAGGAAGCAGCGGGUCGCCAAGAGAGCCAUUGCGUGGUGACAGUCGAAACAGUAAUGGGCGUAAAGGCUCGUUUGAUAUUCGUAUUUCUUACAACUAUCCUUCUGGAAAGGCUCAGACCAAUUACAGCCCUUCACAGAAGUCUGCAGACUACGGAUUAUACUACCCUGUGGUGCGCAAAGACCUUUGGGCAGAGCCUGCGGAUACUGUGUCCAAUCAGUCACGUUCAAACUCAAACUCCAUGUCGAGUCUGUCCGCCAGACAGUCUCAGGAAUGUGUUGUUCAGCCGCUGGGCUCGCAAGAAAAACUCGGUCAGUCGCAGUCGAGCUGGACACGCAGUGGCACGCAAGAUUACCCGAGUUUGAGACUGUCGCAGGAAAAUAUGUCGUAUUCGCGCAGGUCCAAAGAUGGCGCACUUCAAUCCCAGGAGGACGUUUGGUCCUCUCCAUACAGCUCUGCUCGCUCCCACACGUGGGACUCGUCUAAGUUUGCCUCCCGCACAGGCAAAGGCGCCAGUGACUCUGUCCCACGCUCUCUCACUACCUCGUCGCUUUCCAAAAUGAGGACAAAAGGAAUGGAGUACUCUCCCCCUGACUCGACGCCGUUGUCGAGUGUAGGGUCGAAUAUGAAGCCUGUGCGUUACAGCGUGAGUAGCAGCACCAGUAACCUGCCUCAGAAUGUCAGUCCCACGCGACUCAUACAGUAUGCUCCCCCACACACAGCUCUCUCUUCUCAGCGCAGUGCGAAAUCCACCAGUGCUGAUAACUUACAGAAUGCAGGGAGCCUGUCUGUGCAUAGGUCAAGCUUAGGUGGUCAAAAAUCUGGCUACGCAGUCACUGGGUCACGGAUAAAGGAUUACCACGAACCUAAUAUCCCGGGGCGUACGUUUGUGGUCCGUAUUGGAGACAAAGUGACAGUUUCCCCGCCCUCAGGGCCAGUAACACAGACCUCCUGCACAAACCCGGUCAGUAUGAACAACACUUGUAGCUUUGGAACUACAUUUGCUCUCACGAGAGCCCCCAGUGGGAAGUCUUUCGAGUCUCGUAAAAAUGCUCAGUUACCAGUGUCCGAGCGCAAGAAACAGUUUGAAGGUACCGUUAGAAAAGAAGAGGUACAGCAGGCGACUGCUUCAUCAGGCUCUUACGAAAUGUCCACCUCUACCAAACGCUACAAAACAGAGAUAGAGAAAUUGCAGAGUUUAGGCAAAAUAGGAGAUAUUGUUAAAAGAGUGCAGCAUUUUGAGGUAUCAAAUAGUAGCAGUAGUGAAUCAGGAACCCCACCACCCCCUAAUUAUAGCGAGAAGACCCCACCCCCGCACGAGAUCCACAUAACCACUGUCCCACCCAUGUACUCUCCUACUCACAGACAGCAGUCACAAAUCGGGACACGACAACAAGAACAACAGCAAGUGCCAUCACCAAUUCCCCAGCAAUCCCCAGCCCAAACUCAACAACAACAGCAGCAGCAGCAUCCACCUGUUCAGCAGCCAGCUAUCAAAGUGCGCAAAAUUUCCACGGAGCGUUAUCAGCCUCCUGGUUCACCAUCAAACAGUCGCCCAGACAGCACAGGUACAAAUGUCCCUGUCAGGGUUUGUCUUCCGCAGUCCACAAGCGCCCCAAGCUCUCCAACUGUGGAGGAAGCAAAGGGCUUUGAGGACGCAGCCUUGCGCUCAGGAAGUAAGUGCUUAAUGGACACAAAUGGAAUGUCCACAUCCAUGAUAAAUCCACCUUUGCGGAUGGAUUCUGUUGAAGGCACCUUUUUGUCCACUGAAAAUGUGUCGUCUUCGUCUUUGAACUCUAAUAACAGGCCCACAAGGAAGGUCUCCUACCUUACAGCUGUGAAUGCUCCCAUCUGCAAACAAGAGGAUCUAACAAUCCUAUCUUCACCUCAGCUUAUUAUCAAUGGACAAAACCUUGACCAUCAAUCUGUCUCCACCAAUGACCUUGACUUUGUGGGGCACACAGUGUGCUCUGUGUCUGAAUCACACACAGAAGCCUGUGCCACUCACAAAAGGUCAAGGUCAACUUUCAGUUUUUUCUCCAAUGCCACCAGUGGUCUCCUCUCUGCUUUCAGCACUCUUACAGCAGUCAUGACCGCGUCAACGGAGAAUCUGAACCGAGCUGGCUGCAAGUCCUCCGAAGAGUCCAUGGUUGCCCCCGGAGACGGCAUGGUCCCGCCCACCUCAUCUGGGCUCAAAUCUGCGUCAGUGCCAAAUGUGGUGAUGAGGAAGAAAGCUGAAGUAGAAGAUGAUGGCAUCAAGCUUCAUCGGCGGACGUCAUACCUGAUGGCCACGGCCAAGGAUAGGACUACACUGACCCUGCCACUGGACAAGUCUGCACCGGUCAGCACAGAAAUGCCGGUAAGUCCCUCCAAGGGCAUCAAUAUCAAGAAACAGAAACAGCGCUUUGGGGAAAAGACACCUCGUAUUCCUGAAGGUAAUGAAGGGAAGCGUUCAUCCCAGGAUUUGAACAGCCCGAUCCAUGAGGUGGUGAAAGAAGGCUUCCUCUACUGCAAGACCGCCAUCACAGAUGGAAAGAGAGCCAGUGACCGCUCCUGGAAACCGAUGUGGGCUACCUUGAAAGGUCAUGCCCUUUACUUGGUCAAGGACAAAAAAGACGGUUCCUGGAAUCCCAAUGACGAGCAGCUGAUCUCUAUCAAGUCAUGCCUGGUGGACAUCGCCAACGAUUACACGAAGAAAAAGAACGUGUUCCGUCUGAAGACGUACAACGGGUCUGAGUACCUGCUGCAGGCAGAUGACCAGGACGCCAUGUCCGAUUGGAUACAGGCCAUUCAGACCAACAACGACCCGGACGGUGAUGUAAGACACGAUAUUCGGGAAAAGGGAGUGGUUAUGUCGGACUUCAUGUUACGCAAAACCACGCAAUAUGACCAACAAGUGCCCUCCAAAACCUCGCCCCAGGCACAGCAGAAAAGCAAGAAGCUCUCAGGGUUGUCUUUCAAGGGUAAAAUGCCAUACUCUCCGAAUGUGAAGAGGAAAAAACCGCUAGACGAUGCGUCGCGCUCUAAAACCUGGAAAGGGAAGUUCAAGAGUUUCCGGCGCCUAGCUGGUGGGGCCAGUUCUGCGGUCGAGGAGGAAGUUGUGCCCACGGGGACAUUUGGAGUGCCGCUGGAACUCUGUGUGCCCUCUCCAGAGAAUGAGCUGGUGCCCCUCAUCGUGGAGAUCUGUACCAAGAUUGUGGAGGCGAGAGGGUUAGAGGUGGUCGGCAUCUACCGCGUACCCGGGAAUACUGUGUCAGUCCACACCAUGCAGGAUGAUCUCAAUAGGGGUUUCGAGAAUAUGAACAGUGAGAACGACAAAUGGUUAGAUGUGAAUGUGAUCAGCAGUUUGCUCAAAGCCUUCUUCAGGAAGCUCCCAGAGCCUCUGGUCACUGAGGAUUUGUACCAGUCUUUUAUCAAUGCUAACCGUGCGGACGACCCCAUGAGACGGAUGCUGAGCCUUAAGAGACUUCUGCACGAUUUACCCGAACAUCAUUUUGAGACAUUCAGACAUCUGGCAGCUCACCUAAAACUAGUCGCCAUGCACGAGGAGUACAAUAAGAUGGACUCUCGGAACUUGGCCAUCGUGUUUGGUCCGACGCUGAUUAGGCGUAAAGACGAGGACAUGGCCACUCUGGUGAAGGACAUGUCUGAUCAGUGCCGGAUUGUGGAGAGCGUCAUUGUUAAUAAUGAGUGGUUCUUCAGUUCAUGGGAGGAGGAUAAUGUGGUGCCAGUGGACGAUGCUUCUAUUGUCAGCGCUCCCGUCAGCAGUUCAAACAGUCUUCUUACCAGGCUUGCUGAAGAUGACCGAGGUAAAGAGAUCAAUCCGAAGGACAUUGUGUCUUCGAUAAUUCUGGCAGCUAACAAGAAGCUGAAGGGAAAAGACAAGAAGUAUAGUUCUUUGAUGUCUGAUGACGGUGACCUUGACAGCGAGUGUGGGCCAAACGAGCGCAACAUUGAUCAAGAGGUCGCGCGGAGGCGGGCUAAGUCUGAAGAGAUUCUCACGCAGGACUCGGCCUCGGAGUCAACCUCCACUUCGUCUGCAUCGAAAAGUUUCGAUCAACAGGAUUCUGUGUCCAUGGAACAUCACGACACGUACCCAUUCAAACUGUCCUCAGGAGCAUACAGUUCUGAGAGAGUUCCUCCCCUUGGCACAGAGGAGUACAUGGACUGGGUGUUCUUACGUACACACAGCGAUAGCCAACAGCGUGCUGCGACCUCAAACCGGCCGGCAUCUCUUGCUAGGCAUUAUUCAGACGAUUCGUUGUUGGACAAAAAUGAUGAGUUAGAAAUCUCUCUCGGGAGCCUCCAUAAUAAGUGUAGUUAUAGUCGAGAUAGAGUCGACCAAUUGUGGAGGAUCGAACUCGAGGCCAGAGCCUUGAGAGAAAAAGAGGAGAUGCACCAAAGAGAAAGCGAAAAACGCCGUUUAGAACAGCAGAGAAUAGAACAGGAGUUAGCGCGGACGAAAAAAGAGCUGGAAAUCGAGGAUAGUCACAGUUUGGAAGAUCUGCUGCACACAGAGUUUGCCAUGCAAAUUUCAGACUUUGCCGUGAAUCGAAUGUCUGAUUUGAAUGGAAGAGGCAUGGGGCCUCAGGACUCUGGAUUAUUGUUGUCAGAGUACAGUGCAAUGUCUUCUGACAGGAGAGACGCUGGGAAAUUUUAUUCCCCAAAAAUGGGUGGGGCUUGUGGCUCAGUAGCGAGAUUUGGGCGUCCAGGAAGGUACGAGCAUGAAGGAGGAGUGUCUUGUCAUUCAGGCAUUGGUUACGGCGAUCGUCAAGGGUCGAUGGGGAAAAGAGCGGGUUCACUGGAGACGAUUAUCGAUGUGAAGUGCAAUAAUGGGAAACGCAGCUCUGGGCAUCAUGGGAAAGGAAAGAGAGACGGUGAUCGGGGGUCAGGCUUCAAGCCCCUUGACCAGGCAGAGGGUAAGACCGUAUUGCUGACCCGCUCCAGCUCCGUGAGGCGAGGCUCGCUGGAUUCUCUUAGAGACUUUUAUGAUAAGCAGGAUCACCGCUCAUCGUGGGCGUCUACGGACUCUGAGGAUGGCUCUGAUCUCCUCACCAGUCUCACAACAACCUUUGACCAAAAACUCCAGAUCUUGCUCAACCCAAAGUUCAAGCUGACCGGCGCAGCCAAAAGGCAACUUUGUGCGUCAGAGAGCACAGGGUCUGAAACCACGGCGGAGGAGAACAAGGCGGAGAGAGAAGUUGUUUUUGCCCAGCCGUCUGCGGUAGCCAUCAAACCAGUGCCUCCUUUGAAGGUGGAGGAAUACACGGCACCCAAGCCUGCUCCUAGCAAACAGUUUACAGAUCAUUCCCUCGUACAGAGGCUAUCGCGACUGGGUGAAUCUGGUUUCGACCGGUCUUUCCGGGAUCCCAGCCUCCACAGAAUGCACAAACCCGAUGCCAAAAUUGGCAUUGCUUCUCGGUUUGAGCGAGGCUCAUCCAUCAAUAGCUCCAGCAGUAUAGUGAAUAAUGAGAUGAGCAUGAGCACUAGUUCCUUACCCAGUGGAUCGCUGGGGUACAGGCCCUUGUCCUCACAGAGGGAUAAAGGUGAUGGGGUGGACACUGGGCAGUCUAGUCUGAAGUAUGCGGUGGGAUUGCUAGGGAGUAAGAGCAGCCAAACCGAAGCUGGGAGCGCACAGAAAUCGUCUAGUGGGUCUGCACGUGCCGAAGGCAAGCCCUUCAGCCUAAGGGCGGAGUGCAGGCCAAUCACAAAGUCUGAGAAGACAGAAGUGAAUCUGUCCCCUGUCAAAACUGUCACGAGAGGACACAUCAGGGGCUCCGAGACAAUUCUCUUUGUUGGAGUCAUCUGUGGGAAAGUGCAGCGGCUCUGUGGACGAUCUCUGUGAGAAAACAUCCUCGUCGUCUCCACAGACGCCGGCUACUCAGAGCCGGAGAAAGGACAGGCGCAGUGCGAGGCGCCACACCGUUGGUGGAAUCAACGAUUCCGAACAUUUUAGUGCCAUGGUGCAAUUGUCGCAGUCUAAAGACGAUGACC